AGAAUUGAAACCACCACAUGUAGCCAAAUGUGGAGAGAAGCUGAACUGGACCAGCAUACUGUGCUCUUUAGAACCAUCCAUCUACUGCAGCAAGCAUAGAAGAGAACUUAAUACAGCCCAAUGACAGAAGAGGCUUUGGCAAAGCCCAGCUGCAGGGCACAGCACCCACCAACAACAGGCUCCUUGCAGGAUGAAAACACCCUUGUGCAAGUUGCAGCAGUGUAAUUUUGUAUUGCAGGGUGCAGUAGUAUCACUUCCUAUUGCAAACUGCAUGUUUUCUUAGGUAGGGCGAGGACUGCACUAGGACACUGGCAUUUAAAUUUGUUUAUGUCAUAUUGGUGCUGUGAAACACUAAUCCAGGGUACUUUGUUUCACAUUUACAGAGAACAGAGGCACACAGAUGGGUGUUUGUUUCUCAUACAGCCCCCCUAUCUCAGCAUCUCCCACAGAGUAACUUAAACCCUCACAAUACUCUUGCUAGAUAACAUAUAAAAAUAUUAGUUUACAAAUGGUAUCAGACUCAAAUUAAUUUUCUUUCCCACCACUACACAGAGUCCAAAACCAGGAACUAGACCUGUCUCCAUGCUUCUUUUUCCUUCAUUUUCCUCCUUUCCCCUUCCUAAUUACUCCACUGUUUUUAAGAAAGCUGUAUUUCCUUGUUUUGUAAUAAAUUUACUCUUACACUACUUAAGCAGUUGAGACAACUUUCACCUAUGAAUCCAUUCUGCAACUUUCAGAAAGCUAAACUACACAUUGUCUGUUUUCAUCAGUUUUAGUGCUGAAAUGAUACAAAACUUCAUCCAAAGACAUCACUAAUUGAUUUCAUGAUUUCAUGAGUCAUUAAAAAUAAAAUCCAAUAAACAACCUUUUAAGAAACGGUGUAAAGACAAGCAUCAUCCAAACCAGGGACAUCCAGCUGGCAGAAAGGGUGCUAAUACACUAAGUGCAUAUCACCAAGAGAUUUUUAUAUUGAACUACAAAGGUCCUAAAUGUAGGUAAGGGCUCCAAAAUUAGAGAUCACCUUGCUAACAAACAUCCACAGUGUACAGGCAUUUCAUCCACACAUUUAACAAGUAAUUUUUAAGUUAAUCUUGCUUAAGGGAAUUACGUAUUUCAGUAACAGCUGAGCAACCCAAGAUUUCAACACAGGUCAAAUGUCAGUAAACAAACAUGAACCAAUGACCUGACUUGGACAACACCCCUUCAAGCUUGUGAUGAUUACCAUGUUAAAUACAGACAUAUAAAAAUGUGUACAGCUCUCAGUGUGUGACAAGUAACAAAUACAGCUUGUUCUUGUCACCUUCUCUGUUGGGCUUCGAGAUGCAGUUUCAUUUGUCCUCACGCACUUGGCAACCACACUCGAAACUCACUCGUCAUCAUUAAAAUCUAUAUACAAACAAUAAUCUCUAAGUAAUUCUGUAACUACAGAAGUGAAAGUAGCAGCUGACAGAAGUCUCCACGCUUUGAAGACCACUUUAGAAAAACUGAGCAGCACUUAAAAACUGACAGUUUUGUUUGUCACACACGGGACUUGAAUUCAGCCAUUCAGAAAGAGGCUCUAUAUAAAAUAUAUAGGAUUAUAUAUUUAUCAGUUACAUACAGUCACGUGAGGCAAUGUUUACAACUGGGGAGCAAGUUCCCUUCUUUCAGUCAUAAACAUUAGUUAAGAUAAUGGUUAAUCUAGAGCCAUCAGCUGCUGACAUCAAGAGUUUUUGUGAUACCACUUUCCAAAGAGCCCUGUCCUGUUUCUCUCUUGUAAGACCGUGUGUACUUGCUUUGUUAUUCCCUCAGUCUAACGCUAAACCCCUGUUUAUUGUUUAAAGAAACCAAAGACAAAUAAUUUAUUAAAUUCUACGGCGAUAUCAGUCCAAAACACGGCCUUUAUUCUUAAAUAAACACGCUGGAUUAAUCUAAUCUACAUCUGCUUGCACAGGACAGCUGAGGGCUGUGCAGAGAGUAACAAAUGAAGCAGACGGACAACAGUCUUCACAUUCAUUUUUGCUUUGACUUAGAACCUUUCCCAAAGCGCCGGCAGAAUAUUUCUGGGAUCCAUAUCCCAGAAUAUAUCUGGGAAUCCAUACUUCCACGGGGAAAACCCCAAGCUCUAGCAGCCGAAUGCGCCUCGCCGCUGAGCGAGCCGCGAGCACCUCCACAAAGCAAACACGUCCCACGGCCGGGUCGGUGACAGCUCCCCGCGGGAGGCACCUGUCCGCCGGGGACACCGGGCUGCUGCGCCGGCACCUCCGCCCGGGGAGAGAGCGGCGAUGUGUCAGGCGGCGCCGCCGCCGCCCGUGCGACAGGGCAGGGCGGUUCAACCCCCGCGUAACCCCCGCGGCCGGGCCGGGGGCGGCGCUGCGGGGGCGCCGGUGCCGAUGCCGGUACCGAUCCCGGCGCCGGCGCCGCGCACACACAAAGCCGCUCGCGCGCGGGGGCGGUCCCCGGCCCGGCCCGGCCCGCGCGCCGUCACGGGGGCGCGCGCAGCCAACCGGGGCCGGCCCGGCUCGUCCCGUCCCCCCCCCGCCGCCGCCGGGCGCUGCCGGGAGAGCAGGAGCCCUGACAACAAACAGCAGGAAACAGCUGACGGGGAGGCACCGCCGCCGCCUCCGCCGCACCGAGGGGCCGUGCCCGGGGCCCACCGCCGCCCCCCAUCCUCGAGCCGCCCCCGCUCCCGCACCGGGCCCGGCCCCGCGCCCACCCGCCCGGGGCUCCGCACAAGAACCGGCCCGAAAAGUUGCCCAGUGCCGGGCCGGGGGAGGAAGUUGUGUCGGCGGCGACGGGGAGGGGGUGCUCAGUGCCGGCCCCCGCCGGGCAGGCUGGGCGGCGCUGGGAGACGCUGACGGAGAAGGGGACGCGGUGGGGAAGGCCGGUGCUUUGUGGCGUCGCCGGGUAACGCACCGGGUCACGCACCGGGUCAGGCAGGGCCGACCACUGCCCCUUUCCGCGCCCGUCGCCGGACCGGAGCUCGCCCGGGGCUCUGCCGCGGCCCGACAGACACAGCGCCGCGGCGCGGCGGUCGCCACCUCCCCCCCCCAGCCGCCCUGGCCUCCCCUGGUAGCGCGGGGCGAGCGCGGCCCCCGCCCGGUUACCUGGCUGCGGGGAACAGCUGCGGCGGCGGCGGCUCCGUGCCCGGUGUCUCCCCCGCCCUCCACGGCCCCGGCGCUCCGGCUCGGCCGCGCGGCUCCGCCCCGCCGUGGCCCCGCCCUCUGUCAAUCAGCGCGGCGAGGCCCCGCCCCCGGUCCAGCCCAUUCACUGCCGCGGAGGCCCCGCCCCUGCCGCCUCGCGCUCCGCCCCGCCCCGGGUCGCCUCACGGCCGCGCUCGGCGGGGCGCGCCGGGUCACGGAGUCACGGAAUUACAGAAUGGCAGAAUUACAGUUAUAG